AUGCUGUUCGUCUACCUGCUCGUCCUCGUCCUCUACACCGCCGAGCUCACCGCCCCGAAUACGACGCUUUCUCCCGAGUUUUGUGCAAAACGCGGGUGCCCAGAUUGUGUGCAAAUCUCGAAGGUGUGCUACGGGAAAGAUGACGGCCCAAUUUGCGCCCUCAAACGCAACCUCGUCGAUCCGGAAGCCCCCGGCUGCAUUUUCACCGGAUGCCCCGCGGGCGAGGCAAAAAUCCAGCUACUAACCGAGAACACCACCUGCGCACCGAUCAACCGCCUCGUCAAUGGUUCACUCAGCACGUUUUGGAUGUGGGAACAUUGUACGGAGCAAAGGGAGAUCGAUUGCGGCACUUGGGCUCCGCUGUGCGUUACGGCAGAUGUGCUCGAGGACUACAACAUCACCAGGGGCGGCUGUAUCGCCAUAGGCUGCACGGAUAAACCUGGUACGCACCCAUGCACCGUGGAAGACGGGGUGGAAUGCAUUCCCUACGACGACCUAAAAACAAUCAAUUCAACGUGGAAGGGUGAACAGUGUAUUCGCGCCACACCGGAAGAUAAAGCUGCUGCUGCGGCUGCUAAUGCCGCUCCUGAGGAGAAACCGCAGUCCCCAGCGAAAUCGUCGCCCGCCAACCGAAUUUGGAUCACAUACAUCUCGACACUCGCAGUGCUUGCUACGAAACUGAUCAUCAACACCUAU